AUGACGUUCCCUACCUUGAGAAUAGGCGUCGACGUUGGCGGCACAAACACAGAUGGCGUCAUCCUCGACCCAACACCCGCCUCCUCCUCCUCCUCCUCCUCCUCCUCCUCCUCCCGCCCUCCCCUCGGCAUCCUCGCCACCCAAAAGACCCCAACAACACCCAACCCAAGCACCGGCAUCAACACCGCAAUCUCCCACAUGUUCUCAACCUCCAACAUCUCCCCCUCCCGCAUCGCAAGCGUCACAAUCGGCACAACACACUUCAUCAACGCCGUAAUAGAACAAGACGCCACCCGCCUCGCCCCCGUCGCCGUCCUCCGCCUCUGCGGGCCCUUCUCCGCCACCAUCUCCGCCGGCGUCGACUGGCCCCCGGCCUUACGCAGCAUCAUCUGCGCCCACCGCUCGCUCAUCGACGGCGGGCUGGAGAUUGACGGGGACUUGAUUGCGGAACUCGAUGAAGACGCCGUCCGGCGCGAGGUGGAGGUCGUGCGCGCAAAGGGGAUCAAAAGUAUCGUCGUCGUGGGGAUCUUUAGUCCCAUUGACGUCGUGUAUAGGCAGGAAGAGAGGGCGGCGGAGAUUAUUCGCGACGUUUAUCCGGGGGCGGACGUGGUGAUGUCAAAGGACGUGGCGAAUAUCGGGUUCCUUGAGCGUGAGAACGCGGCUAUCCUCAACGCUUCCAUCCUCCCGUUUGCUAGGCGAACCAUCCGUUCCUUUCAGGAUGCCGUUACAAGGCUUGGACUGAAAUGUCCCGUCUUCGUGACGCAGAACGACGGGACGAUUUUGCCCGCUGCGGCGGCGGCGCGGUUGCCUAUCAGGACGUUCUCCAGUGGUCCGACGAAUAGCAUGCGCGGCGCGGCGUUCCUCAUUAGGGGCAUGAAGGGAGAGAAGGAGGAGACAGGGCCGAUGAUGGUUGUCGAUAUCGGCGGGACGACAACGGACGUGGGAUUGUUACUGGCCAAUGGGUUCCCCAGGCAGGCGGCGGCGUAUAGCGAGAUUGCGGGUGUGCGGACGAACUUCUCGUACCCGGACGUCAAGAGUAUCGGGCUCGGGGGCGGUUCUAUCGUUAAGAGGAACGAGAGCACCGGUGAGUUAGUUAUUGGGCCGCAGAGCGUGGGGUAUCAGAUCCAGACAAAGGCUCUCGUUUUCGGCGGCGAUGUCGCGACGGCUACGGAUUACACUGUUCUGUCGGACCCGAAUGCCGUUCAGAUUGGAGACCGGUCUCUCGUUGAAGGUGUAAGCGGCCUCGCGGACGAUGUGCCAGAGUUCAAGGCACAAGCGAAGGCGAUGCUGGAGCGGAUCGUGGACACGAUGAAGACUUCGCCCGAGGAAAUCCCCGUUGUUCUCGUCGGCGGGGGCGCGGUCAUUGCGCCGGAGAAGUUGAAGGGGGCGAGCCGGGUUGUGAAGCCGGCGUGGUCUGGGGUUGCGAAUGCGAUUGGGGCUGCGACGGCGAGGGUCAGUGGUGUUGUGGACUCGAUUGAGAGUACCGAGACGAAGACUGCGUCCGAGGUCGUGGAGGCGUUGUCGCGGAGGGCUGUUGACCGGGCUGUUGAGAAUGGUGCUUCAAGGGAGAGCGUGACUAUUGCUGAGGUCGAAAGCUUCCCGUUGCAGUACAUUGCAAACAAGUCACGAAUCAUCAUCAAAGCUGUAGGAGACUUUGAUUUCUCCAGAUCGACAUCCAUGGAUUCAACGACAAUCCCAGAUGACGUCGAGCACUGCGAAGAAGAACCACCCAGAUUACCAGUACCUUUUCAAAGCCAGGACGUCUCAUCACCGCAAUCGUUGGUUUCGACCAAGGAGUACAUUGACGACUACAAGCCCAAGGUCCUCAACCGGCAGUGGCAUCUCUCCGAGACGGACCUCGACUGGAUCACGACAGGCUGCUACAUCCUAGGCACAGGAGGCGGCGGCUCGCCCUACCAACACAUGCUCCGUCUCCGCGCAAUGAUGCGCGCCGGCGCCACCGUCAAGAUUAUUUCUCCACAUGACCUGAAAGACGAUGAUGUUGUAGCUUGCGGCGGUGGGAAGGGUUCGCCGCAGGUAUCCAUCGAGAAGCCAUACGGCGAUGAAAUCAUGGAAUCGCAGAGGGAACUCUACGCAUACCUCAAGACGAAGCCUACGGCCGUGAUAUCUCUCGAGAUAGGAGGCGGCAACGGCCUGCAGGGCCUCAUCCUCGGCGCCAGCACCAAUCUCGACAUUCCUACAAUCGACGGCGACUGGAUGGGUCGCGCGUAUCCCAUCUCCCACCAGACUACCCCGGUAGUCUUUGAAAAGAAGGCGACGAUGAUUCCGUCGUGUAUAUCAGACGGGAACGGCAGAAUCAUGCUCAUGAUAAAAGCCCGUACAGAACUCGACGCAGAACGCGCCUUCCGCGCCGCCCUCUCGCGAAUGGGCUCCCACGUAGGCUGCGCAAAGGGCCCCGUUAGCGGCGGCGACACCAAGUCCUGGGUCGUCGAGAAUACCGUCUCGCUCUCCUGGCGCAUUGGCCGUGCAGUCGCGCUGGCGCGGUGUACCAACGCCGUAGACACCGUCGCCGAGGCCGUUGUUGAUGUAGUCGGCGGGAGGGAGUCGGCGAGGGUGCUGUUCAGAGGCAAGAUUGUGGGCGUGGAGAGGGUUACAAGGAUGGGGCAUGCUUAUGGGGAGGUUAUUAUUGAGGGGUAUACUGACGGCAGCGGUGGCUGUGAUGAGGUGGUUGAGAGGUUUGUUAUACCGUUCAAGAAUGAGAAUAUCCUUGCGAAAAGGGUUGAUGGUGAUGGGAGGGAAGAUCUGACAUAUCUCGUGCUCGAACAGGUCCUUGCAAUCGUCCCAGACCUAGUCUGCGUCCUCGACGCACAAAAUGGCGAGGCUCUCGGCACGCAAGAGUACCGCUACGGGCUGCUCGUCGUGGUGCUCGGCAUCACGGCGUCCGAUAAGUGGACGUCCACGGCGCGGGGCAUUGAGAUUGGCGGGCCCAAGGGGUUCGGGAUGAGUGAGCUGGAGUAUGUGCCUCUUGGUACUUUUAAGAAGCCGCAGAGCGUCAUCGAUGAGUUUGGGGGGGCAGUCUUGAUGGGUCAAGGACCAAGAGCUUGUUGA